UCAGCCAGCUCGUGUAGAUCCUCAGCCAGCUCGUGUAGAUCCUCAGCCAGCUCGUGUAGAUCCUCAGCCAGCUCCUGAAGAUCAAGCUGAAGACAGACCAGAAUGGAAGAAGAAGAAGAAGGGUGUCCGUGCCCGCUUUAAGAAAGGAUGGCAGGCUAUGAAGCACUCCUGCACCCGAAACAACAAAGUGGUGCCUUUACCUACACAGCCUGACCUGGAUCCAUCAUAUCCUGUAGAUCCCCAGUCAGCUUCUGUAGAUCCUCAGCCAGCUUCUUUAGAUCCUCAGCCAGCUUCUGUAGAUCCUCAGACAGCUCGUGUAGAUCCUCAGCCAGCUUGUGUAGAUCCUCAGCCAGCUCGUGUAGAUCCUCAGCCAGCUCGAGUAGAUCCUCAGCCAGCUUGUGUAGAUCCUCAGCCAGCUCGUGUAGAUCCUCAGCCAGCUCGUGUAGAUCCUCAGCCAGCUCGUGUAGAUCCUCAGCCAGCUCGUGUAGAUCCUCAGCCAGCUCGUGUAGAUCCUCAGCCAGCUCGUGUAGAUCCUCAGCCAGCUCGUGUAGAUCCUCAGCCAGCUCCUGAAGAUCAAGCUGAAGACAGACCAGAAUGGAAAAAGAAGAAGAAGGGUGUCCGUGCCCGCUUUAAGAAAGGAUGGCAGGCUAUGAAGCACUCCUGCACCCGAAACAACAAAGUGGUGCCUUUACCUACACAGCCUGACCUGGAUCCAGCUCCUGUAGACCCUCAGCCAGCUCCUGUAGACCCUCAGCCAGCUCCUGUAGACCCUCAGCCAGCUCCUGUAGACCCUCAGCCAGCUCCUGAAGAUCCUCAGCCUGGAAAUCCUAAACCUUAUUGCCCAUAUAGCUUUGAUUUUACUGAACUAAUAGAGGAAUUCUAUCGUAGUUUAUCUGAUUAUGAUCCAUAUGUUCAGAGAUUACUCAGAAUUUUUCCACCAUAUGAUCCUCCCCGAUUUCCCGCUACAUGGUAUUCUGAUCAAGAGUUUCUUCUUGAAUUGGAAAAAUUCGAAGCGUUUUCAGCCCUUUAUGAUUUGGGAAAGAACUGUCUAGGAAAAGGACACCGCGGCAUUGUGUAUCAGGGGACUCGCAAGUCCGAUGGCCUGAAGGUCGCCAUCAAAUUUAUGUCCAAGUGUCCCCACUGGGACAGAUUUAUUCAUGUUCCUGGAUAUGAAGAGCCUCUCAUCGCAGAAGUGGCUGUAAAUCUGAUGCUACAGAAACCAGAGAGUUGCCCCAACAUUGUGGAUCUGUUGGACUGGUUUGAAGAGGACAUCGUCUACAUCCUCGUUCUAGAAUAUCCAUAUCCCUGUUUGAGCUUGAAAAAUUUCCUUGAAGUUGAACGUCUGUCUGAAGAUCAGGCACGUCCUCUCAUGCGUCAAGCAGUAAACGCAGCUCAACACUGCAUCGACCACGACGUCUGCCAUGGUAGCUUGGCGACGAGAAACACCGUGAUCAAUAUACAGACCAUGACGCUCAUGUUCAUAGACUUUGGACGUGGCCAUCUUGCCUCAACUUGGGACAAACCAGACCCUGAACACCCCGAACCUGCAGAUGCCAUUCCUGGCCCAACUUGGGUCGAACCAAGCGGUGAAAGCUGGGGUCGAGGUCAUGCGGUUGCCCAUAUGGUCUCUAGUUUGGGUAAACUGCUCCUGUGUAUGAUGGGUGGAUAUUGGGCGAGUCUUGAAGACACUUCUGUUACAAGAGACAGCCCUGAGCUCACACGACUUGGUUUAACUGAAGAAUGCCUUGACUUGAUCAAUCGGUCCGGGAUCGCUUCACCACCCGACAGGCCAACAUUAGAGGAGUUCUUAGACCACGAGUGGUUCAAGCAGGGUUCAAGGUCAAAAGAAGACGGGUGUCUGACUCGUGUCUGUUCAUCCUGCGUUGUAUAAAGAAGACGGGUGUAUGAAUCGGGUCUGCCGUUAGGCCAACAUUAGAGGAGUUCCUAGACCAUGAGUGGUUAAAGGUCAAGAGUAUCUUACAUCUUUCCUCUAGUUCAGUCAGUGAUAUUAGCAUAGCCGGUGGUCUUUAUAGCUGGUUGAUUUUUUUUCACUUUUUUAUUUUUUCGGUUUACAUUUUUUCUAUUCAGGAAUAUAGUAAAGUAUUUUUAUAUGGUGUCACGGGUAAGAGACACGACACACACACACAGUGGCAGUGAGAGCAGCCCCGGUGGGGUAUCUAUUAAACAAAGUAAAAUGCAUUGUCCAAACAGAUGAUACCCGGGGUGCUUGAAGUGUUCUCUGCCGCUCCGUGCUCGUGCAGUCUGCUCCUUGGUGCUUCCCUCGCUGGCCUUCCUCUCUGUCUCACUCGGGGAGGGUAGAUCAGACACAGCUUCAGGCGUUGUCAGAGCCAGGACCCAGAGUGCUGGGAGCACGCGGCUUUUAUGCCCGGCAGCUAAUCGCCGUCAGCUGAUAUCAAUCAGCGUUAGCUGCCGGGCCGUUUCCCAGGUGACGCUGAUCCUGGAUCGGUACCUCGUCACAAUGGCCAAAAAGUUUAGUUUAUGAGAAAAUGCUCAUGUGCAUCACACAUUGUAUAAAGAAGACGGGUGUCUGACUCGUGUCUGAGCAUUAGCAAAAAUAGAGGAGUUCAUAGACCAUGAGUGGUUCAAGCAGGGUUAAAGGUCAAGAGUAUCUUAUGUCUUUCCUCUAGUUCAGUCAGUGAUAUUAGCAUAGCUGGUGGUCUUCUUAGCUGGUUGAUUUUUUUCACUUUUUAUUUUUUCGGUUUACAUUUUUUCUAUUCAGGAAUGCAGUAAACUUUUUGGCCAUAUAAAAAUACUUUAGUUUAUGAGAAAAUGCUCAUGUGCAUCACACGUUGUGUCUGUUCAUCCUGCGUUGAAUAAAGAAGACGGGUGUCUGACUCGUGUCUGUUCAUCCUGCGUUGUAUAAAGAAGACGGGUGUCUGAAUCGGGUCUGCGCAUUAGGCCAACAUUAGAGGAGUUCAUAGACCGUGAGUGGUUAAAGGUCAAGAGUAUCUUACAUCUUUCCUCUAGUUCAGUCAGUGAUAUUAGCAUAGCUGGUGGUCUUUUUAGCUGGUUGAUUUUUUUCACUUUUUAUUUUUUCGGUUUACAUUUUCUCUAUUCAGGAAUACAGUAAACUUUUUGGCUAUAUAAAAAUACUUUAGUUUAUGAGAAAAUGCUCAUGUGCAUCACACGUUGUGUCUGUUCAUCCUGCGUUGAAUAAAGAAGACGUACGCGUUUCAAAGUGACAACAUAAACAGA